AUGGCCAUGUCCCAGUCCAGAGUACGUCAUCUCCAGAGCCUCCUGCUGUGCCUGGCGUCUCUGCUCUGGUCCGCUCAGUCCAGUCCUGGUCUAGAGCCCAGACCAUGGAGCCAAAGUGGACCCAGACUACAACUCUCUCAUUCAGAGCUGAGAAAUGGCUCGGCGGUCUUCUGGGAGGGUGGGGUCAGCGGAGGGUACCAGGCCCUGCUGCUGGACGAGGACCAGGGCUGGCUGCUUGUGGGAGGCAAAGACCACAUCUAUCUGCUGAAGCCAGACAGCCUGGACCAACCCACACGCACUAUUUACUGGCCAGCAGCAAAGGAGCAUGUUGAACACUGCAGACUGGCGGGGAAGAGCCUGGAGACCGAGUGUGCCAACUUUGUGCGUUUACUGCAGCCAUUCAAUAAAACCCACAUUUACGCUUGUGGAACCGGGGCCUACCAUCCUAAAUGCAAUUACCUCCACCUCGGACAUAACAGUGAGCAGCCGUUGUUCAUGCUGUCCCAUUCGGAGGAGUCAGGCCAAGGAAAGUGUCCCUUCAGUCCAAAAGAGCCUUUCGCUGCACGUCUGACUGAUGGGGAGCUGUACUCAGGCACCUCGGUCGAUUUCAUGGGAGCGAACGCCGCCAUUUUCCGCACCUCGCUUGUCGGCAGCAGCCAACAUUAUAUCCGCACUGAGGCCUACGACCACAACUGGCUCAAUGAGCCUGAGUUUGUGGACUCCUUCUCCAUCCCCGACACUCACAGCUCCAACGAUGAUAAAGUUUACUUCUUCUUCAAAGAGAGAGCAGCGGAGGCCGGCCAGUGGGACAAGAAGGUCUACAGUCGAGUGGCUCGGGUCUGCAAGAAUGAUGUUGGUGGUAAGAGGAGCCUGAUAAACCGCUGGACUACUUUUCUGAAAGCCCGGCUGGUCUGCUCCAUCCCAGGACCCUCCGGAGUGGACACACAGUUUGAUGAACUUGAGGACAUUUUUGUUUUGGAGACUAAGGACCCACAGAACCCCACCAUCUACGGAGUCUUCAGCACAUCCAGCUCAAUCUUCCGUGGCUCGGCGGUGUGUGUUUACUCCAUGGCCUCAAUCCGUGCUGCCUUCAAUGGGCCCUUCGCUCACAAAGAGGGCCCUGACUAUCGCUGGGUGGAGUACAAGGGCCGCAUUCCAUAUCCCAGACCAGGCACUUGUCCCAGUGAGACGUACGACGCACUCUAUAAGUCGACCAAAGACUUACCGGACGAGGUGGUGAGCUUUAUGAGACAGCACCAGCUCAUGUGGGAGCCUGUGGGGCCACUAGGGGGCAGACCCAUCCUGACACGGGUCAACUCUUCAAACCUGCUGAAGAAGCUCGUGGUGGACCGGGUGGACGCGGAGGACGGGCCCUACGACGUCCUUCAUCUGGGGACAGAUGAUGGUAAAGUGGUGAAGGCUGUGUCCGUGAUCAAAGACAAUUGGGAGAGUGAAGAAAUCUUCCUUGAGGAGCUCACUGUGUUCCAGAGCCCUACACCGAUCUUGAAUAUGGAACUGUCAACCAAAAGACAACAGCUGUACGUGUCGAGUGAGCGCGGCGUGGUGCAGCUGGCCUUACAGAGGUGUGAGAUGUACGGGGACGACUGUGCCGAGUGCUGCCUGGCGCGGGACCCCUACUGCUCCUGGGACGGACAGACCUGCUCCAGAUAUUUCCCUACGAGCAAAAGGAGAGCUCGGAGACAGGAUGUGAAGUAUGGAGACCCCUGGAGUCAGUGCCCCAUCACAGACGACGGUGAUUCGCAACCGAUGGACGUGUGCUCCGUCCACCACAACGACUCCUUUCUCAGAUUCUCCGUUUCGCUGCUUGGUUACGGUUUCUACGGAGAUGUGUUGUCCUAUAGUGAAAGUAAAAGAUGGCUGGGUCCCGCUCGCUACGACCUUGCUGAUGAUGGUAAAGUGGUGAAGGCUGUGUCCGUGAUCAAAGACAAUUGGGAGAGUGAAGAAAUCUUCCUUGAGGAGCUCACUGUGUUCCAGAGCCCUACACCGAUCUUGAAUAUGGAACUGUCAACCAAAAGACAACAGCUGUACGUGUCGAGUGAGCGCGGCGUGGUGCAGCUGGCCUUACAGAGGUGUGAGAUGUACGGGGACGACUGUGCCGAGUGCUGCCUGGCGCGGGACCCCUACUGCUCCUGGGACGGACAGACCUGCUCCAGAUAUUUCCCUACGAGCAAAAGGAGAGCUCGGAGACAGGAUGUGAAGUAUGGAGACCCCUGGAGUCAGUGCCCCAUCACAGACGACGAUGUGCACUCUGUGGAGGUGAAGCAGAUGUAUGCAGUGGAAGGAAACUCUUCUUUCCUGGAGUGUGUUUCUCGCUCUCUUCACGCUGAGACCAAGUGGACCUUUCAGCUCACAGAAAGCCAACCACCACAGGCCCAGAUAAACAGUGAGCAAUCUCUCCAGAUGAAGCGUGGCCUGCUGCUUCAACACGUGGAACUCUCCUCUGCCGGCGUGUACAUCUGCACUAGUUUUGACCACUCUUACAAACAAGUCCUCGCCAAGUACCGUCUUCACGUCAUCCCCAACCACCACCUCCGCCAGACCCCCUCUCAGGCUGCUCCCCCGGCCCAAGGGAGGAUCACAGCAGCUGGGGUUCCUGGUUUUCUGGGACAAGCGAACCACCGCAACUCUUGGAUUCAACCGCACCCGCCUGUAAGGAACUACAACCACGUGUCUGUGUUUGGCACUUACAGCCUGAGCAUGGAGGACUGCGAGCAGCUGUGGUACAGGGAGAAGAGGCGGCAACAGAAGCUGCGCACACUGAAGCUGAAGCAGGAGAGCAGAAAGGCCAGGAUCCAUGGCUUUGCGGACUCAUAUUUACCAUCACUGAAGAAGAUCUGA